UUUUUCUUGCUGUUAUAAUUAUACAAUAUGGACAUCGUUAUCGAUAUACAAGGCUUCAAGGAUACUGAAGAAUCUUUUUUUCCAAAAGAAGUUGCUGUUGUCUCUGUAAACACCGCCCAUUGCGCUCAUUGGAUCAUUGCACAGCCGUAUUCUUUUACUGAACUGUCUACCCGUUCAAAAUCUCAAAACAAUUGGCUCAGUAAAAAUUUUCAUGGUAUUGAGUGGUUUGAAGGAGAUACACCGUAUAAAAACUUAUGUCGACAUUUGAGAGCUGUUACACAACUUACCAACCGAAUAUUCACUAGAGGCGCUGAUAAAUCAGCAUUUAUCCAACGUAUUACUAGCAGAAACAUUAUAAAUUUAGAAGAAGAGCAAGAAUGUCCAUCAUUUCAUCGUUUACCACAGUUAGAGCAAACUUGUCUCAUUCAUAACAUAAAAAGUAAAACAAAUAAUAGGGAAUAUACAUGUGCUUUAAAUAAUGCGUUACGUAUCAGAAAAUGGCUUAAAGAUUAUGGUCUUUUGGAUUCUACAUCAUCGUCACCAUUAUCGCCACCCGCCCCAUCAUCUUCUAUGACAUGGUAUAAUCGUGAUAAGCAUCAAAAUACUAAAGAAGAAGAAGCAGUAGAAGAAGAAGAAAAUAAUUCUCCACAUAACUCUUGGUGGUUAUGAAUAGUUUGCAACUGCGAGCAGCUUUACAAAAUAUUCCUUGUGACACCGCCGGUGUUUACGCGGCGGAUGAAAUACCAACUGUUUGGAGUAAACCUGCAGGAAUUAUUGC